CCUUUUGGAAUCUUAUCCUAAAACCCUACGCUUCUCCAUCUCCUGCGAUCGUAUGGAGCUCCUCGUUCGUCAAGCGCACCACGGCGCGCUCGCUCUCGCGUCUUCACGCUCGUUUGUUGGCGGCCGCUGUCCCCUGAGGUGUCUAUUCGCGAUCCGCGCCGCCGGUUUCAGCAGCGCCGUCCGCACGAACCACCGCGCGGAAUCUCCUGUGGCGCCCCUCACCAUCUCCAACCUCGAAUUGGACGCCGAAAUCAAGCCCAGACGGAAGAAAGAUCGAUGCGCCUUCGAAUUCGGAGCACCGAGGAACGCCGCCGCAAAAAUUCCUCCGGCAAAGGACAACUCGGUCGAGCGCCGUAAGAAAAAACUUGAAAUUGACGAGUCUUUGUUCUCCGCCAAGUCGUUCUCCGAGCUCAGCCUGUCUCCCCGUCUGGUCGAUCGGCUUAACGAGGUCGGCCUGAGCGUUCCGACUGAGGUCCAGUCCACCGCCAUAUCUACUAUCGCGCUGAAGCACGAUGUGGUUAUUCAAUCCUACACCGGAUCUGGAAAAACGCUGGCUUACCUUCUCCCCAUACUCUCGGAAAUAGGGCCGUUGAAGAAGCUGACUGGCGACGGAGCGGCACAGGCGCCUGAGGAGAAGCCAGGCAUCGAAGCGGUCAUUAUCGCUCCCUCAAGAGAGUUGGCGAUGCAAAUCGUGAGGGAGGUGGAGAGGUUGCUCGGUCCCUCGGAUAGAAAGCUCGUUCAGCAGCUUGUUGGCGGUGCGAAUCGGUCGAGGCAGGAGGAGGCGUUGAAGAAAAACAAACCGAUCAUCGCGGUCGGCACUCCUGGCCGGAUCGCAGAGAUCUCAACUUCCGGGAAGCUGCACACUCACGGAUGCCGGUUCCUGGUCCUGGAUGAAGUCGACCAGUUGCUAUCUUUCAACUACAGGGAAGAUUUGCACAGAAUUCUGGAGCAUGUGGGGAGAAGGUCAGGGACCAAACCGAGCUCGGUCAUGGGGCCGCUCGCAAGGAGAACUGAGCGCCAGACGAUCUUAGUCUCUGCCACAAUACCAUUUUCGGUAGUGCGAGCGGCGAGGAACUGGGGAAGCGAGCCUCUUCUCGUCAGGGCCAAGAGCGUGGUACCUCUCGACUCACUGCCCCCUCCAAGUCCCGGCGCUCCGCCUUCCAAUCCGGACGCAAACGCUGCAUCUGGCCCGAUCUCUCAGGUAACAACUGAAAGCUUGCCUCCGUCACUGGAGCAUUUCUACUGCAUUUCCCAGGCGCGGCACAAAGUCGACACCUUGCGGAGAUGCGUUCACGCGCUGGACGCGAGGACUGUGAUCGCCUUCAUGAACAACACGAAGCCGCUGAAGGAUGCCGUCUUCAAGCUGGAGGCGCGCGGAAUGAGUGCUGCGGAAUUGCACGGGGAUCUCGGCAAGCUCGCUAGAUCGACUACUCUGAAGAGAUUCAAGGAUGGAGAACUCCGAGUCCUCGUGACCAACGAACUGUCCGCGAGGGGACUCGACGUGCCCGAAUGCGACCUCGUUGUGAAUCUGGAAUUGCCUACCGACUCAGUUCACUACGCGCACAGAGCGGGAAGGACCGGCCGGCUUGGCCGCAAGGGAAACGUGGUCACCAUUUGCGAAGAGCCGGAGGUGUUUGUCGUGAAGAAGCUGCGGCGGCACCUGGGAGUAGGAAUCCAUCCUUGCGAAUUUACAGAAGGCAAACUCGUCGUCGUGAAGGAGGAAGAAUGAGAGAUUUAUGAGUGGAAUGAGGGUAAUGAUCUUCUUCAAAACUUGUUGGCCAAUUAAUGAAUGUAUGCACAACGAUGAUUUUCAACUUUGCUUGCUGCUCAUGAUUUGUUA